GCCGUCAACGCACAGGACGCCUCAACCAGUGAAGUACUUCCGGCGGUUGUGCAAGCCAGGCAGGUCCAUGAACAGAGCCCCGGGUGAGGGCUGAGGAGCGUUGCAAGCCCGAGGGUGGGAGCUUCCGACAGGAUGUGGAGGUUGCAGUCGCUGCUCACAGCCAAGUGAUGGUUGAACUGGACUUCACAGCACUCCACUUCAGUGCAGGGACUCGGGGCCAUCACAUUUGCCAAUUUCAUGAUGUGGGGAUCAUCACAUCCGCGCACACAUGGCUCGGGUGCUGGACUCUUCAUCUCGGUUUCCUGCACUGACCAGGUCUGUGGAGCGGGACGAAUGGCAGCACUGAGGUGAGGUGAGGUGAGGUGAGUUGAGUUGAGUUGAGGCGAGGCGAGGCGAGGUGAGCCAGGCAUUUGUUUGGAGUUGUGUCACUGCUUGACAUGUUGCGUGCUUGACCCUUGCCGCUCUUUGUGUGCAACGUGAUGUGCAUGUCCAGAAUGGUUGUGGUGACGGAGUCUAGAUUCGUGUGCUGUGGACACCAUGGCGUUGUUGUCUUUUGCUGGAGCAUUUCCUGCGCGAAGCGACGGCCAGCGCGAGUGCAUUGUGAAGCGUGAGGUGAAGACGAGAACAUGUGAGCCGAGUGUGUGGCGGCGCUGUAACCACACGUUGAAUGUGCAGCUGCGAGACUCUGAGGUGGAGGUUGUGAGCAUGUGUGUCAAAGUCAAGCGUGUGUGCAGACAUGAUGUCAUGUUGGGCGGAAGGAGGAGGAAUUUGUGUCGUUCCACGAUUUGGGCGUGGUGGCUAGCAGGAAUGUUGGAGAGGCAGGGCAACGCAGGUAUCCAGUCGGUGCAGCGGAUGAACCCGUUUCACGGAUGGAAGCGUUGAUGUGAGUGGUGGCGUGAGGGACGGAAAAGAGGCAGUUGACCCACAGGGAUUGGAGGUGGAUGUUUGGGCGAGUAUGUUGUGUUGCGCCGCCGAGAGCUCUUUCGUCUCUUCGGAGACAUCUGAUAAAAUUGGAACGAUACAGAGAAGAUUAGCAUGGCCCCUGCGCAAGGAUGACACGCACAAAUCGAGAAAUGGUCCAGAUUUUUUCGUCCCUCUUUCCGGGUCACUCAAUCUUCCUUUCGCAGUCUGCAAAGUCGAUCUUCUUUUCGUCACGGCUGUUCACAAACAUUGUGGUCGAUCAGGUCCCCUACUCCAUGUGUACCGUGCUCGCAAACAAACAGGCGAGGGUGCUAUUUCCACGAAAGCAAACGUGGUAUGGAAUGUUAAGGUAAUGUGUCGUGGAAAGAAGGCAAGCAUGGGUGAAGAUGUGAUCUGGUGUGGUGGAGAAGAAGGGUAAACCGUGUCCUUCCACGAUGUGAUUGUGGUGGGGAAUAACGAUGUUGAAGAUGCAGCACACGCAUCCAAUUGAGUUGGUGCAGGCAGCGCAUGGAGGCGUUUGAGCAAUGGAUGCGUUGCUGAGAGUGAGUGAAGAGGUUGUGCGAAGUAUUGACCCACAUGGAUUGAAGGUGGAUGCUUGGAGGGUAAUAUGGGAUGGUGGAAGAGCAGUGGUACAUGUUUCUUCGGAGACAUCUGAUAAAAUUGGAACGAUACAGAGAAGAUUAGCAUGGCCCCUGCGCAAGGAUGACACGCACAAAUCGAGAAAUGGUCCAAAUUUGUUUCUUUUCGCUGACCUUUCGCUGUUUCUUGCUUUCAUCGCUUGCCACGUCAGCCGCCUGGGUUUUCUUCUGAUAACGGCUGCUGUUCACAAACGUUGUUCUCUACUCCAUCACUUUUGUGAGGGUAGUUCAAUGUUUGUCGAACACCAACAGAUCUAACACCGACCUCUUCCAACUGUACAUCAAUCACACGAUUGUACAAUGCUGUGCAACCCAUGCGUUAGUUUCUCCUCGUCAACACAUGCUUAUCAACAUUGCUUUGCAUUUUCUACACUGUUGCACAUUUGUGCACAUCUUUGCCCA